GCUACUAAGCGAAAUUAUUCACUCACGACCGGCUUUCAGUCAGGAGCAUAUCACUUCUCGUAAACCCUAACACUUAAAAACUAGCCAUGGAUGAUGAUGUCGCUGCAUUGGUUAUUGACAACGGCUCCGGCAUGUGCAAGGCCGGUUUCGCCGGUGACGACGCUCCAAGGGCCGUUUUCCCCUCCAUCGUCGGUCGCCCGAGACAUCAGGGCGUGAUGGUCGGUAUGGGUCAGAAAGACAGCUACGUCGGCGACGAGGCUCAGUCCAAGAGAGGUAUCCUCACACUCAAGUACCCCAUCGAGCACGGUAUCGUCACCAACUGGGACGACAUGGAGAAGAUCUGGCAUCACACCUUCUACAACGAGCUCCGUGUUGCACCUGAGGAGCACCCCGUCCUCCUGACAGAGGCUCCCCUCAACCCCAAGGCCAACCGUGAAAAGAUGACCCAGAUCAUGUUCGAGACCUUCAACUCUCCAGCUAUGUAUGUGGCCAUCCAGGCUGUUCUGUCUCUGUACGCUUCUGGUCGUACCACGGGUAUUGUUUUGGACUCUGGUGAUGGUGUCACCCACACUGUGCCCAUCUAUGAAGGUUACGCCCUUCCCCAUGCUAUUCUCAGGUUGGAUCUUGCCGGCCGUGACCUGACUGAUUACAUGAUGAAGAUUCUCACUGAGCGUGGUUACUCCUUCACCACCACCGCUGAGAGAGAAAUCGUCAGAGACAUUAAGGAGAAACUCAGUUACGUUGCUCUCGACUUUGAACAGGAAAUGCAGACCGCUGCCUCUUCAUCCUCACUGGAGAAGAGCUACGAGUUACCCGACGGUCAGGUCAUCACCAUUGGUAACGAGAGGUUCCGUUGUCCAGAGGCCCUCUUCCAGCCAUCCUUCUUGGGUAUGGAAUCUGCUGGUAUCCACGAAACAACAUACAACUCCAUCAUGAAGUGUGAUGUUGAUAUUCCUAUGUAUGUUUCUAUACAAGCCGUCCUCUCCUUAUAUGCUUCUGGUCGUACGACAGGUAUCGUUAUGGACUCUGGUGAUGGUGUGAGCCAUACUGUCCCCAUCUAUGAAGGCUACGCUCUUCCCCACGCCAUCAUGAGGUUGGAUCUUGCCGGUCGUGACCUGACAGAUUACAUGAUGAAGAUCCUCACUGAGCGUGGUUACUCCUUCACCACCACCGCUGAGAGAGAAAUCGUCAGAGACAUCAAAGAGAAAUUGUCUUACAUCGCGCUUGAUUUCGAACAGGAGAUGACAACUGCUGCUUCUUCAUCCUCCCUGGAGAAGAGCUACGAGUUACCCGACGGUCAGGUCAUCACCAUUGGAAACGAGAGGUUCCGUUGUCCAGAGGCCCUCUUCCAGCCAGCGUUCAUCGGAAUGGAAUCUACUGGCAUUCACGAGACAACAUACAACUCCAUCAUGAAGUGCGAUGUUGAUAUCCGUAAGGACUUGUACGCCAACACUGUUCUCUCAGGGGGUUCUACCAUGUUCCCUGGUAUCGCCGACAGAAUGCAGAAGGAGAUCACAUCCCUUGCCCCAAGCACAAUGAAGAUCAAGAUCAUCGCUCCCCCAGAGAGGAAAUACUCCGUCUGGAUCGGUGGCUCCAUCCUUGCCUCUCUGUCCACCUUCCAGCAGAUGUGGAUCAGCAAGCAGGAGUACGAUGAGUCCGGCCCUUCCAUUGUGCACAGGAAGUGCUUCUAAAAUUUGACUGUGUGAAUCAUGUCGUCUUUCACUGUUAUUUUAACCAGACUGACUCAGUUUGUUAUUCGAGAGCAAACGUUCUCUGCUCCGGGACCAGCACGUGAAUGUUAUCACAAAGGGAGUUUAAACAUCAUGUCAUUGCUUACUUUGUCAAAAACUUGUCAAUAAAAAACACAUCAUUACAUU